AGGUUGGGGUCGUGGAUCCCCCGCCAGGUCUCAGCAUCACGGAGGUGCAGGGCUUCGGCGCGGGGCCGGGCGCUGCCGGCGGGGCUCUGCACCCCGGGGCCCCCGCGCCCGCCGCGGGUGCGGCCCUGGCUGCAGCCCCGGUCCCGGGCGCCGCCCCGCAGGUCACCCUGCUGGUGAUGCGCCCCUGCGGCGCGCAGGACGACGGCGCAGCCGAGGGCGUCCUCGGGCCGGCGCCGGGCGCGGGGGGCGGCGCCGCGGCGGGCGGGACCCUCGGGUACCUGUGCGACGCGGCGGGGGACGGAGAGGACGAGGCCGUGGAGGACGAGGCUGACCUGCUGGACACUUCGGAUCCGCCGGGAGGCGGCGAGAGCGCGGCUAGUCUGGAGGACCUGGAGGACGAGGAGGCGCACUCCGGGGGCGAGGGUGGCGGCGGGGCCGCGCGCAGGCGGGGCGGCGGCGGGGUCGGCGUGAGCAAAACCUGCACCUACGAGGGCUGCAGCGAGACCACGAGCCAGGUGGCCAAGCAGCGCAAGCCGUGGAUGUGCAAGAAGCACCGCAACAAGAUGUACAAGGACAAGUACAAGAAGAAGAAAAGCGACCAGGCCCUGCACUGCGCGGGCACCGCUCCGGCCGGCAGCGCGGGCACCGCCAAACUGGAGGAAAGCGCAGACAACAUCCUCUCCAUCGUCAAACGAACAGGAGCCUGUGGGGAUCGGCCGGCGAGACCGACGCUUUUGGAACAAGUGUUAAAUCAAAAAAGGCUGUCGUUACUCAGGAGCCCCGAGGUGGUGCAGUUUUUGCAGAGGCAGCAGCAGCUUCUAAACCAGCAUGUCCUGGAGCAGAGGCAGCAGCGGUUCUCCGGGGCCUCGGUGUGAGGCCUCACGCGCCACCCACGCUGCGGGUUUUCACCCCGUUGCAGGAGGCAGAGCUAUUUUUAUACAGACCGUGGGUGAGAGAGGCCACCGAGACGUGGACAGCUAUUUUCUGUAAAUGCGUGUGCGCGUUUGGGGACCAGUAAGCAUCACACUUUGUGCCUCUGACCCUGUCAGAAACUCCAAGUAACUUCUAAUUACAAUGUAUUUGGAACAAAA